UUUCUUAUAUGAAUAUGCAUGAGACAUACAGACAAGGAAGUUGAAAGGAAAAGAGAAGUGAAAUAACUUCAGAAAGUGUCUAAAGAAGAAAAAAUGUCUCGUAUUUUACCAGAUUAUAACCAGCUGAUGAGGUUCACCAUUAAUGAUGUUUGUAACUGGUUGGCAGAGAAUCGAUUUGGAGAGUUUGUAAAGCAGUUUAGAGAACAUGGUAUAGAUGGAAAUAGAUUUGUGACUUUAUCUGACCUAGAUUUAUCAAGGAUGAAUUGUCCCAUGGCAAAAAGAAGAGAUUUGCUGAAAUUAGUUAAAGAACUUCCAAAGCCAGCAGAGUCAUCAAGUAGAUACAGAAGGGUAAAAAGACUUAUUAAGGCAAGGAGACAUACAGUUGUCUCAGUUAUAUAUCAAUCAGUUGACAGAGUAAAAAAUAUAGUACAGCCACAAAUACCUGCCACCCCAAGUCGUGAUUAUAACCCUCCUAACCAUGGGAGACCACCUCCACCAAUACCAGCUCCACAAGUACAAGUCAAUGGAGACAAUAAUGAUGAUGAUGAUGGUUCCGGUCCAGAGGAUGAUUAUGAAUGGGGUGCGUCAGAUUUUUCAGAUGUUUCAUCAGAAGAAGAGGACUACGAGAACACACCAGAUACACUAAUUGUUGAACCUAAACGACCUACACAACAGCCUCCAGGUUAUAUGCAUUUAAUUGAUUCUGAUCAAAUACAAGAAUCAUCAUCUACCAAUAGUCUUGUUGACAAGUUGAAAACAGCCCUGAUAGUUAGACAAAGAAAUCUGCAUAGCCCAACUCCGCCAGAAGAGGAAGAUGAAGAUACCGAUGAUAGCGUUGGAUCAUAUGAGGAGCCUGACCCACAGAGUGCACCUCCUCCACCCUCUGUUCCCACCAGGAGGGGUGCACCACAAGUCGCUCCUUCUGGCCCCCCUCGCUCAGCAUCUCAUGGAGUACCUGUUAAUAGACGACCUGUGCCACAGAUGCCACCAGAAGAAGAACAGCCUGUAUAUGAGGAAACAAAUGAAGCCGAUGAACAGCAAGUUUAUGAUGAAACAAUGGAUCAGCCUGUAUAUGAAGAUCCUGAUGAACAACCUGUGAAGAAACCAGCUCCUAGGAGACAACUUCCUGUCCCAGAACAGACUAAUACAAUGGGGAGAAAAAUGCCAAUGAGGACAACAUCAGAACCAGACGCACCAGCACCGCCACCUCCCAGGGGUAAGGGGAGACAACCCCCAAAGGCUGUAAAGAAGGUAGAGGAAACCCCAGCUCCUGUACCUCCUCCUCCUAGAGGGGGCAGAAGACCUCCUCCAGAACCCACGCAAGAGGAAUUUUAUGAGGAUCCAGAUAACCCACCUCAGACUGGACGUAAAACAUCAGGACCUCAAAUACCUCCACCUCAAGAUGAUUUUGAACAGGAUACAUAUGAGGAUCCAGAUGCGGCACCAACCCCCCAACAUGCUACAGUACGCAAUUCAGCUUUGCCUCCUCUUCCAAAGGGAGCUAAUCAAAAGCCUUUUGUACCACCAGUGGAACAGCAGGAUGUAUAUGAAGAUCCAGAUGAAGCUCCCCCACAGCCUUCCCCAAGUAGAUCAAAGGUAGCAGUUUUACCACCAACACCUAAACCAUCACAACAGAAGUCCCCAUACCAUAGCAGAAAACCACCACCAGCACCAAAACAAGAGGAAUUUGAACAGUUGGAGUAUGAGGUACCAGAGGAAAUAUUGAAAGGAGAAAUGCCACAGGAUGACUAUAUGACAAUGCAGCCUUCACAAGAAGAUACAAAGAAAAAGAAUAAGAAGAAAGGUCAUGAAGGUGUGCAAGUCUUUCCAGUUCAAAACGGAGGUCAGACUUCCACAUUACCCCCCAGACCUGGUAAACAUAAACAACUGCCUGUUCCUCCUCCUAUGGAUGCAGCACCUGCUUCUCCAGCAGAAGUUAAAAGAGAGAGUUCUGGUAGAACAAAAGUAGAGAAAGUCAAUAAAGCAUUAUCUUUGGAAGAGCAGCCAUGGUAUCAUGGAGAAGUAGACAGAAAUAUUGCUGAUAAUAAAUUAUUAGGAAUAGGAACUAAUGGUUGCUACUUGAUAAGAAAAAGUAAGAAAGGAGGAGAAACAAAACCAUACACUUUAGCUAUAUUUUAUGAGAGUCAAGUUUUCAAUCUGAAUAUUAGAAAGAAACCAAACCAUCAGUAUGCCUUAGGGAUGGCCAAACCCGGUGAACAGGAAUUUUCUAAUCUUAUGGAUUUGGUAACAUUUUUCCAAGGACACAGAUUGAUAUUAGCUAAAGGACAAACAAGAUUAAAAACACCAUGUCACAAAUAAUUGAAAGAUUGGACUAGUAAAUUGCUGUGAUAUAGUGUCAGAGACAUUCCUUACAUUCAAAUCUCAUAAUUACAUAAAACAUAUAGAUAAUUGUCAUUGCCAUUUAUUGUAUAAAAUUCUCACAGAGCCAUAAAACAAAAAUAUGUGAAAGUGACAUUCCUUGUAUAAAAUCUCACAGAGCCAUAAAACAAAAACAUGUGAAAGUGACAUUCAUUGUUAAACAAUACCACAGAGCCAUAAAACAAAGAUAUGUGAAAAAGGCAUUCAUUGUCUCAAACUCUCAUAUAUCUAUAGAACAAAGAUAUGUGAAAAUGACAUUGUAUAAAAAUCUCACAUAGCCAUAGAACAAAAAUAUGUGAAAGUGACAUUCAUUGUUAAAAAAUCUCACAAUAUAGAGCCAUAAAACAAAAAUAUGUGAAAAUGGCAUUCAUUGUCUCAAAAUCUCACAAAGCCAUAGAACUAAGAUAUGUGAAAAUGACAAUGUAUAAAAAUCUCUCAUAGCCAUAGAAAAGACAGAUAUGUGAAAGUUACAUUUCUUGUAUAAAAAUUUGAGAUCCAUGAAACAAAAAUACAUGUAUGGGUGUUAUUUCUUUUGUAGGGAUCUCAGUCAAAAAUAAAAUAAAUAUUUUUAUCAAAAUCAUUAUUUGAAAACAAAUCAUUAUUGCAUCCUUUCUCUAUUGAAGACAAUAUUGCCAUCACAUAAUAUUGAACAUCUAUAUGAUAAGUAACAUAUAACUAAUAAUAAAUCCACUUUAGUUAAGAAAUGAUUAUGUUUUUCACUAUGCAUUUCUUCUAAUCAUAGUUUUCAUGGUUACUAUUAUAGAUUUUGGAUUGAUUGUAAUUUGCUUAACUGCUAGUGUCUAAUAUUGCAUGCACAUUCAGAAAGGUAUAGAUUUUAGAAAACAACUUGCCAACUGGUUAUUGUGCCCUGGAAAAAAUAUCUAUUUGAGUUAUCCAAUACAUUUUUGUUUUAAUCUAAGUUAUUUUUAGUUUUUUUUUAUUCAUUAUGUAUGUAUAAUAUAAGAGAGAAGAUAUUUACAAUUUUUUCUUUAUCUCUUUGUAUAAGGCUUAUAUUUACGUUACUUGUUUACCAUAGUGAUGGACCACCACCAUUUUUAUAUUAUCUUUUAAUCAUAGCUAAUAACGUUUUUGAUUGAUUAAAAUUAUUUUGUUUGCCAUAACUCUGGACCACCACCAUUUAAAUAAUACCUUCCUAUCACAGCUUACAGUAGUUUUGAUUGGUUUAAAUUAUUUUGUCUACAUUUUCAAUAAGUUUUUCUAUUACUUGUCAUUCAGUUUUAAAUUUUUAUUUGAGUGAUUUGUGCUGAGUUGGAAAGGUAGAGAUCAUCUACUAUACAUUAGCAGGGUAUCAAUGUUAAGAUACAAUGUAGUUAACAAAGCAUUCCAUGUAUGUUACAAUUCAGGAUUGUUGUAUACAAGGAGGUAUGUAAAUACUGUAUACCUCCUUGAUACCUGAAAACAUUGUGUACAUUGUAUUUUUAUAUAAGUGUAUUGAAUUCAUCUACAUUGUGAAGCAGGAUCUUUUAUUUGUUUAUCUUAUUGAUUUUUUAAUAUAUAAGGUAUAAGUGAUUGUAUGAAAGAGUUGUGUCCCUUAUGAUUUCAAGUUGUUAUUUGACUUGAUUAGUAAAAAAGAAUGAAUGUAUGAUUGGGAUAUGUCCCUUACAUUUGUAACGGUUUUAAAGAUAUAUUUGUUUCUGCUUGAUUAGAAUCUUAUAGAUUUUUAAAAAAAAUAUGCUGUUAAACAUUGAAUAUAUGAAUACAGUGUGAUUGAGUUAUGUCCCUUACAUCAAUGAAAACAUAUUUACAAGAUGCAUCCAUUUUGUUUGAAUAAAAGUUGUGUAUUCAUGUUAUGCAGUUAUGCUUCCAAUUUUAUUAUGUCUGAUACAAAACAUUUACUAUCUAAAACUGUUGUCAUCUUUUAUCAUAUAUUUAGCGUAACUUAUUCACUUAAAGUCAAUAUACCGGUAAUACAUGGCUUGAACUAAGUACUUUUAUGACUGUUUCUAAUUUAGAUACCCAAAUGUUUGAUAUUCUUGUCAUCUUGAAUGAAAUGAAAAUAAAUCAGUACAUCAUUAUUUAUAGUUAAGGGCUUCUAGAAUUAAAACAUAUUUUAAAUCAUAGGGUAUAUAAGCAUGACAAAUAGAAAUUUCAUUCUUUAAAUUAUUGUAAUUUUUGUUCUCAAAAUUUAUAAGAUAAAAAAACCAUCUCAAUCUGGAAGCCUUCUUAUUGUAUCACUGGCAUAGCAUCUGGAACUGUGAAACAGUUUUUAAGUAUUUAUAUUGCUUUAUCAUGUAAAUUAGUUAUGAAAGGCCUUGAAAUUAUAAUGUUGAGGUGGGUUUUUUUGCUGAAGUGUUGCUAAUUGUGUUAACUGACACGGUUUCUUACCCUGUAGGAUCAUCUCAGGGGAGAUCCUUAAAAAUAAACAUAGGACAAUUGAAAUAAAAACAUGUAUAUUGAUUUUAUAAACUAUAUAUAUUGAUAACAAUUAAUUUGAAUAUUCUUAUAAAGAUUAUACAAUCAAUGAAGAGAAACAAAUGUUAAAUAAAUUAUAUUUAUAAUGUUGCAGAAUUUAUGAUUUUUUUGUUGAAUUGCUCAGAUUGUCUAUAAAUUAUAUUAAAGACUUUGAAUCAUUA